AUUGGUACGUUGAUGGCGGAUACACAUCAAUAAUUCUCCCCCCACGUCUGUCUCUCUCUCCAAUUCAACGCACCGUUGUCUCUCUCUGUUCUGUUCUCUGUGACGUGACGUCCCAUUCUCCAUCUUUCAAACAACAACAACAUUCAACAAGUAACAACUUGUUCAACUUCAACCUCAAAUUCAUCAUCUAUUAUUCAUUUAUAUUGUUAAUUUGUUAGUACAUCUAAAACACAACACAAUACCUACAUUGUCCAACCAAACCUUACAAAACGUGUCAACAAAUUCAACCCUUUUCUUCAUACUUGUGUUUCUCCAAUCACACACAUUCUGAUUUCAUCAUUCAUCCCUUGUUCUACACGGAACCCAAAUUUCGCUAAUUAGGCUAUUCUUCUCUACAAGGUGCAUUCAUUAAUCAAUCUGUUAUUAUUAAUCAAUUAAUUAAGAGUUAAAACGAAAAUUCGAUGAGAUGAAACGGAGAUUAUGCAUCUUUGUUGAUGAAUUUAUUAAAAGGAACAAGACAAAUGACAAAACCUAGUUAUUUGGUUGUUUAUGUCAUUCUUCUUUGCGCUUUAGCCAAAGGAGGUUCAGAGGGUAAGAGGUGGAAAAAUGAGGACUUUUAUAGAUAUUAUCUUGGAAUAAAGGCAGAGCAGAUGUGGAAACAUUGCAGGAAUGAAAUGAUAGAGAGGAAUUAUGAUAUCGAAUUUGACUUGCAUUUAUUGGAUGAGAUGGGCGAAAAGAGAUCUAAAUUUCUACCUCCCAAUGUGAAACAACACUUUCUAGAUUGCAUCUUAAACAGAAAUUUUCCUAUUCCUGCUUCGGAACAAGAGGGAUAUUCGUUGAAGAAGCAUUAUGAGUCACUUUUUGGUUUAUCAGAUGGACAUAGAUAUUUUCUCUCAGAGUUACAACAUAAUCAGACACCACCAAGUCCUGAUUCUGUUCCAUCAUCUGGAUCAUCACCGAAGCCAAAAGGUCAAGUUGCAGCACAAGUCAAUUUGACACCUCCAGCUCCUGGACUUCCAUACGAUGAUUUUCUGCUCACUCCACCAUUUGCACCACCACCUCCUUCUCGUGCUACUCUUGAUGACGAGAAACAACGGAAAUCAAUUAUUAUUGCUGGAGUUGCAUCAGGAAUUAUAAUCUUAAUAGGCUUGUUCUUAUGCUAUCGCGAGGUGAAGAAGAGAAAAAUAUUUGCGAGAGAUGACAGGCCUUUACUCAUAUUAAGUGACUUCUCUGGUGGUAGUUCACAAAAGUCUACUGCUUUUGAAAAUUCUGAUAUGAGAGAACAUGGUAUUAACUAUGGAACAAAUCCUUCUACUGUUAGGAAUUUGCCCAUUAAGCAUGAAGUCAACAAUGGUUCACUGAAUGAGAUAACAUUAUCAGAUGACAAGGGACAAGUACCGGUGUCACAAUUACAACAUCCUCCAGGAAGAUCAGCCCCUGAGGCUCCACCAACACCGCCGCCUCCACCACCUGCUCUUGCACCUCAGCCUCGGACUCGGACUCCACCUCCUCCAAAAAUGUCUCAGGCUCCACCUGCUCCUCCCAAACCAAUGGCAGGUAGAAACCAAAAAUCACCUCUAGGACCACAUCGUCGUACUAGUGAUGACUCCGAUGCUCCAAAACCUAAAUUAAAGCCAUUUUUCUGGGAUAAGGUUUCAGCAAAUCCUGAUCAAGCUAUGGUCUGGCAUGAGAUCAGAGCCGGGUCAUUCCAGUUCAGUGAAGAGAAGAUAGAGUCUUUAUUUGGCUGCCCCAACCAGAACAGAAAUGAAAGAAGAAAAGAUGCUCCUUCUUUAGAACCUUCGGUCCAGUACAUUAAGAUUCUUGAGCCCAAGAAAGCACAGAAUUUAUCAAUUCUUUUACGUGCUCUGAAUGUGAGCACAACAGAAGUUACCGACGCCCUUAAUGAAGGUAAUGAGAUUCCUGUUGAGCUCAUCCAAACAGUAUUGAAGAUGUGGCCAACAAUGGAUGAGGAAUCAAAGCUAAAGUUAUACACAGGCGACGUUUCUCAACUUGGCCCUGCAGAGAGGUUUCUCAAGGCCUUGGUUGAUAUUCCACUAGCUUUCAAACGUUUUGAGUCUCUACUAUUCAUGUUUACACUUCCAGAAGAGGCUUCAAACAUUAAGGAAUGCUUUACAACAUUAGAGAUUUCUUGCAACGAACUAAGAAAAAGCAGGCUCUUCCAAAAGCUAUUAGAAGCAGUUCUAAAGACAGGAAACCGAUUGAACGAUGGCACCUAUCGUGGUGGGGCUCAAGCAUUUAAGCUUGACACACUUUUGAAACUUGCAGAUGUAAAAGGAACAGACGGCAAGACCACACUGUUACACUUUGUGGUUCAAGAGAUCAUACGUUCCGAGGGCAUAAGAGCUGUAAGAACAGAAAAAGAAAGCCCAAGCCAUUCUAGUAUGAAAACCGAGGAUUCCAUUGAUGAUUCAAAUAGGCAAUCAGAAGAGCACUACCGCAGCCUUGGCCUUCAAGUAGUUUCAGGUCUAAGCACCGAACUAGAAGAUGUGAAAAAGGCAGCACUAAUAGAUGGAGAUGCUCUAACAGCUGCAGUAUUGAAACUUGAUCAUAGAUUGGCAAAAACCGAAGAUCUGUUGAAUAAUGAUCUGAAGAAUCUUGAAGAAGAGAGUGAGUUUCAAUAUUCCCUUGCAGAUUUUGUGGAGAAAUCAAAAGAGGAAGUGAAAUGGUUAACAGGGGAAGAGAAGAGGAUAAUGGCCGAGGUUAAGAAUACUGCAGAUUAUUUUCAUGGAAACGCAGGAAAAGAUGAAGGGCUGCGUUUGUUUGUGAUUGUACGCGAUUUCUUGUUAAUGUUGGACAAGGUGUGCAAAGAGGUUAAAGUAUCAACCAAGACAGUAGCGAUUAAGGAUCUUUCUUCAUGCAAGAAAGAGGCUUCUUCAAUGUCAUCCUCUCCGGAUACUCAGCAACCAUCACCUUCUGAUAUGCAUAGGAGGCUCUUUCCAGCCAUAGCAGAGAGGAGAAUGCACGACUCUAGUUCCGACGACGAUGAUGAUGAUAAUGAGAGAUUACCAACGUAGCUAUGAUAUAAUGUUAUGCAAGUGAGUUUGACUUAUCAGUGUAUAUUGUUCUCUACUUCAUCAUGCAACAGGUUUUAUUGCCUGUAAAGUCGGAGAAUUGAAGGGCAAGGUCUCAAACUUUGCUGAAGUGUAUGUCUUAUAAUGCUACAGAAGGGAAGGAAUGUGUACUCUGUCGAUGUGACUCUUGUUGAUCAAUGGAAACUACUGGAUGUCAACUAUAUGGCAUUCCUCAUCAAUGUGUGAACAAGGGGGGGGUUUCUUACCAACCCAAAAGAAAGAGGGUGUUAGGAGGGGGAGAGAUUGUUUUUAUUGUUUCUUUUCUCCUCCGUUUAUUUGACGGAUAUUGUUUUCGAUCAUCGUGAAAUCUCAAAGUCAAUAGAAUGUAUGACAGUAGUUGAGGUAGUUUUUUUUUUUUUUUUUUUUUUUCAAGAUUCCUUUCUAUUUAAUCAUUAGUUUUUUUGUAGGGAACAAUCUUGAUACUGCAUUUUCUUAGGAAAGGUAUAUGAUACAUGUUUGAGCUGUUACUCAUUGAAAUGAUAUAUUCUAAAUCUUUUCGGUGAUCAAUGUUAAUGAGAUUAACAUA